CAAUGCUGUUUGAGUCAGUCAGGUCAGCUACUGCGUCCCGUUUGCUGAGACGUACUUACAGUGUACGGCUAGCAAACAAUCACUUUCUUUAGAAAAAAGGAUAAGCUCUCCUUGGACUCAAGUCUUACCAAAUCUUAGAAUACAAGGUGUCCUUGGUAAAAUGAAGAAGAGGAUACACUGUGGUUUUGUGCUGGUUUAUUCCCUAGUCUCGUAUUUCUAUUCCUGCUCGGCAUUUUAUCUUCCGGGUUUAGCCCCAGUGAGUUUUUGUGCAAAAGAAGGUGUUGAAGAUUGUCAGACAGUGAUUCAGCUGUUUGUCAAUCGCCUUGACUCAGUAGAAUCAGUCCUGCCUUAUGAGUAUGAUAUGUUCGACUUUUGCAAAGAUGAAAAGGAAACCAGGCCUUCUGAGAACCUUGGACAGGUGCUGUUUGGUGAACGAAUUGAGUCUUCUCCCUACAAGCUCACCUUUAAAGAAGAUGUUAAAUGUCAGAAAGUGUGCACAAAAUCCUACAAGAAGGCGAACAAAGAGGAUGCAUCCAAACUCGAUUUUCUCAAGAUGGGAAUGCAGUUGAACUACCAGCACCACUGGAUAAUUGACAACAUGCCGGUGACAUGGUGCUACGAUGUGGAAGAUGACCAGAAGUACUGCAACCCGGGCUUCCCUAUUGGCUGCCUUGUGAACCAAGAAGGACGAGCUAAAGAUGCCUGCGUUAUCAAUUCCGAUUUCAACAAGAAGAACACAUUCUACGUCUUCAACCAUGUGGACAUCAAGAUCACUUACCACAGCGAAGAAUUGGAAGCAUGGAAAGGGGCUCGGCUGGUCGCUGCCACUCUGGAGCCAAAGAGUAUCAAACAUGCCGAUGAAAACAAGCCAAUCUGUGACGGAGUCGUCCCGAUGGAGGUCCCUGGGGUGUUCGAUAAAGAUUUGUCCAUAGUCUACACCUACUCUGUUUCAUUUGAGCACAGCACGUUGAUCAAGUGGGCCUCUAGGUGGGACUACAUCCUGGUGUCCAUGCCUCACACCAACAUCCAGUGGUUUAGCAUCAUGAACUCCUUGGUCAUUGUCCUCUUCCUGUCUGGCAUGGUUGCCAUGAUCAUGCUGAGAACUCUGCACAAGGACAUUGCCAGAUACAACCAGGUGGACCAGGGAGACUUCAUAAAGCUUCCAAGGACCAAGGAAAAAUCCUCUGUGCCUUACGAGGACGCACAGGAGGAGUCGGGAUGGAAGCAGGUGCACGGGGAUGUUUUCCGGCCCCCCAGGAAAGGGAUGUUGUUGUCCGUGUUCCUCGGACAGGGCACCCAGAUCUUCAUCAUGACCUUCAUCACUCUCUUUUGUCCCCUGUAGUCCUGGCCGUGUCUAGGUUUCCUGUCGCCGGCCAACAGAGGGGCUCUCAUGACGUGUUCUGUGGUCCUCUGGGUACUGCUGGGAACGCCUGCUGGCUAUGUGUCUGCUCGCCUCUACAAAACUUUUGGAGGUGAAAAGUGGAAGACGAACGUGUUGCUGACAGCCCUCCUGUGCCCAGGUAUUGUGUUUGCAGACUUCUUCCUGAUGAACCUGAUCCUUUGGGUCGAAGGUUCCUCGGCAGCGAUCCCCUUCGGCACUCUCGUGGCCAUUUUGGCUCUGUGGUUUGGAAUCUCUGUGCCCCUCACCUUCCUCGGCGCCUACUUUGGAUUCAAGAAAGCUGCGAUUGAGCAACCAGUGAGAACCAACCAAAUCCCUCGUCAAAUUCCUGAGCAGUCCUUCUUUACAAAACCUGUACCUGGUAUAGUGAUGGGUGGGAUCCUGCCCUUUGGCUGCAUCUUCAUCCAGCUGUUCUUCAUUCUCAACAGCAUUUGGUCUCAUCAGAUGUACUACAUGUUCGGGUUCCUGUUCUUGGUUUUCCUUAUACUUCUCAUCACUUGCUCUGAGGCCACAAUCCUGCUCUGCUACUUCCACCUGUGUGCUGAGGACUACCACUGGUGGUGGCGUUCCUUCCUCACCAGCGGCUUCACAGCAGUGUAUCUCUUCAUCUACGCUGUGCAUUACUUCUUCUCAAAGCUGCAAAUUAUCGGCGCAGCCAGCACCUUCCUCUACUUCGGAUACACAAUGAUUAUGGUCCUCAUCUUCUUCCUCUUCACAGGUACAAUUGGCUUCUUUGCCUGCUUCUGGUUUGUAAAUAAGAUCUACAGUGUGGUCAAGGUGGACUAGAGGACUGAGGGAAAGACUGACUCCUUCCUGUCGCAGUGCUGUCCUCCUCAGUGCCGACUGGGUGAUAAAGUGGGCUAGAUGGCCCUGAACUGAAACCAUCACUUAUCAUAAAAAGACCUGAAGAGCAGAGCCCGUCCUCUUUUGUGCUUUAAACCUAUGUUGCUAUUGUCUUUUAUUUUAUUUUUAAAUAUAUAUAUAUAUAUAAUUUUGUCUUCACUGUCGACCAGUAAUAUUUGAGUGGCACCUAGCAAAUCGGUGUGGGUUCCAAUGAUCUAUCUAGCUGUCAUAGUGAAGCAUUUGUUUCGGUGGGAGAAAAAUCUCAAAUGAUAUAAUUUUUAUUUUCUAAAGAAAGUGAAAUGUUCUGUGUUUUUUGCUUUUCUAUUCCCUUAUGGUUAAAUGGUUUAUUUUUCAUUACCUGUAUUGUAAUGAUAAAAAUGUGUGUACAUAUAAUGUAUAGAGAGAGUGAGCAAGAGAAUGCUACUAAAGAAUGCCACCAUGAUUGAAUCAUUUGUAGAAGUUUCUUUUUUAAGGUAAAGAUGGGGCUAUACAUACUUAAAUAUCAGCCUGUAUUGUAGUUCAGAAAUGAUAUAAAACACUGACCUUGAUAUGAUACAUGUCCAUUCUCUGUUUUUUUUGGUGGCUACAAAUAGUUUUGUAUAGAAACAAAGGGUACACUUGGUUAAGAAGCACAUCUGUAUCAUAGAGGGUUAUGCUACAGCUAUAGUGUAUGAAGGAUGAUCUGUCAAUAAUAUGCCUGAUUUGUUCGGCCACAGGAGAGAUACUGUUGCAGUUAUCAUUAGGCAGUCCAUGAUUUAACUGAUUAAGAACAUAUGCACCGAUGAGAUGCACACUUGUAGAUUUUAAAAAGCAGUUUGCUGAUCUGUAACUUUAUGAAACACUGCUGCCUUUUGCUUUGCGCAGUGUGGGGUUAUCACCCAAGGUGUUAACGCUUUUUCCAAAUAAAUGCAAUUAAUUCAAAAAUAAAA